AUGUAUCGGGUUCAGGGAACACUGAGAGAGUGGGUUACUAGAGAUGAAGUGCGCCGCUUCAUUGCCAAGAAGUUCAAGGAAUUCUUACUCACGUAUGUGAAUCCAAAGAAUGAGCAUAAGGACUUUGAAUAUCUCCAGCAGAUUAAUGAGAUGGUGUCAGUUAACAAGUGUAGCCUCGAGAUUGAUUACAAACAAUUCAUAUAUAUCCACCCAAAUAUUGCCAUCUGGCUGGCAGAUGCACCCCAGUCUGUCCUCGAGGUUAUGGAAGAAGUUGCCAACAAGGCAGAUCCAUUUAAACACCAUGAUUCGCAUUGGGGAGUUGUGACCCGGCGCUCUGGAGUCUUUCCCCAGUUGCAGCAAGUAAAGUAUGAUUGCAACAAGUGUGGAAUGAUUUUGGGACCCUUUUUCCAGAAUUCGUAUUCUGAGGUCAAAGUUGGUUCUUGCCCGGAGUGUCAGUCAAAGGGACCAUUCACUGUUAAUAUUGAGCAGACGAUUUACAGGAAUUAUCAGAAACUUACUCUCCAAGAGAGCCCUGGAAUUGUGCCAGCUGGUCGACUUCCAAGACAUAAGGAAGUUAUACUGUUGAAUGAUCUGAUUGAUUGUGCACGCCCUGGGGAAGAGAUUGUAGAACUCUCACCUUGUGAACUUGCUUACGCAUAA